AUGAAGAUUCUUGACAAAGAAGAAAGGCAAGCUCACAUCUCUCACAUCACCACCGAAGGGUUCAAGGGGUUGGUGUAUGGGUCCAUUUUGUCAACCGGGUUGUUCGCCUAUUUGAAGAAGAGACACGCUGGUUUCAACAGGUUCAGUACCAGUAUCAAGACAUGUAUUAUUGUCAUGCCCACCAUUUCGCUUGGGGCCUUUUUUGCGGACCAAGGCUCCUGGGAGUUCGAUAAGCAGAUGCACUCUUCGGCGUAUACCCAAGGAAAGCUCUUGGAGGAGUACAGAGAGUGGAACAACUUGUCCAUGAGUGACAAAAUUUUUACAACCUUGAACCAAUACAAGUAUGAGGUGAUUAUCACCUCAUGGGUCGGCUCUUUGUAUGGGUCAUGGGUGUAUGUUAAUCGUGACAAGAUCAUGACCACUUCCCAGAAGGCCGUGCAAGCAAGAAUGUACGCACAAGCCAUUACAAUUGUGUUGUUGUUGGGAACAAUUCUACUUGCUAUGAAGGAGCAAGAAAUUAACAAAUCGAAGCCCGCUCCACUUCCAGCAUGGAAGCAGGUAUUGUUGGAUAAAGAGGCUGAGGAGAAGAGAUUAUUGGAGAGCCACAAGGCCAGAGGUUCUAAGGCCGAAUCGGAGGAGAACUCCAAAUAA